UGCGACAUCGACACCCUGGAGAGUGACACUGCAGGCCUGUGACUCGGAGAAGAACGUGCGGUCUAGGAUCACCUGGCCAGAGGCCGAGUGCGCAUCAUUGAGAGCGCGAAGCGUAAGACGACGCGCUCUGGGAUCACACUCGAUGGACAGCUCCUUGCCGACUUGAGCCAAGCACUGCAGCGCAGCGACGAACACCUUGAGCGCUUCCUCAGCGAUCUCAAGCCGCACCUCCAUAGUGAAAUGCAACGAUUCAUUUGAGUAACAAAAGUUUCCCCUCACGAGAGUGACAACCGCAUUAAAAACCUUAGUGCGACCAUCACUCUGCGAUUUCUUCCCCACCGUGCGACCAUGGAUGAGAUCGCGCUGCUCCAGCAGCAGCUCGCGGCCGUGCAGCAGCAGGAGGCGGCGCUCAAGCUGUCGGACCACAAUGUCAUUGACUUGCUGCUAAAGCUGCAACAGCUGGGCAAGCUCCAGGUCAUCCACACACGCACGGGCAAGCAGUUCCUGACGCCUCUCCAGGUUCAGCGGGAAAUCGCCGACUACGUGGCGCUGCAUGGUGGGCGUCUGAGCCUCACGGAGCUGGAAAAGCUCAUCGACGUGGAUCGCACGCAUGUCGAGAAGCAGGCGGCUGCGUUGUGUCGAGGCAGCAGAAGUAAGGACGGGUACUACUUGGUAAACAACGGCGAGGAGUUGCUUACGAGCUGGUACCUGGACGGCAUCAUGGAGGACACGGACGUCCUGCUACAGGAGAGCGGAACUACGUCUAUCGGAGACCUGGCACAGCAGUUUGGCUUCGCUGUGGACUAUAUGCGCGAUGUAGUACGCACGAGACUCGGCAGCAUCUUGAAGGCCAGGGAGAGGGACAACGUGCUGUACACGGACUCGUACGUGGCAGCGCAGAAGGCACGACUCCGAGGAGUAUUCACAGCCGUGACGCGGCCUGUGUUCGUGCCUGACAUACUGAGGAGCUUUGGCUUCGAUGAAGCUGUGGCCAAUGAGGCGCUGACGGAGCUGAUACAGACAAAAGUGUUGAUGGGCACAAUGAGAGGCCGCGAGUAUGUGCCCUAUGUGUUCAUGGCGGCGCAGAGGGAGAGUAUGUACUCGUUCUUCCAGCAGAAUGGGUACUUAGAGCACGCUCGAGCGAGGGAGCUCCAGGUUGCCAGGCCCUACGACUUUUUGAAGAAACGUUUCCCCGAUGCUGUACCGCUCCAGGAGAGUGUCGUGAGUCGGGCGCUGCAGCUUCAGUUGGAAGGAGCGGUGGAGGCUUCAGUGACUGAUAAUACGUUCGUGGAUGUGCGUUUGUUGCUGCCGAGUGCACUGCCGGCGGGAGAUGUGGCCUUGUUGCUGGGUAUGUCGCCAGCGCUGGAGAAGGCAGGACAUGUGUCCAAGGCAUACCAGAUCGCAGAGAGUUAUGCUGUCAGUUCGGGGUUCUUCGCUUCUUGCUUGGAGAAGUUUGGUGAAGAUGCCACAGCCAAGGCUUCUCGUACCGCUGCGCAGCAGAAGAGCAGCGCGGUACAGGCUAAAGUUCAUGAGAGCAGACAAGAAGUGGAGGAAGCUGACGAUUCAGAUGACGAGGACUUCGGCAGUAAGCGCGGUAAGAAGGGAAAACGAGGCAAGGGCAGCAAUAAACGCGACCAGGAAGAGUCUGGGGGACGUAGCGGAAAGUCUGGAAAAAGUAAGAAGGGCAAGCGUGGGUCGAAGCGUGGCGGAAAUACUGAUGACGACGAGAGCAAAUCAGCCUCUGCCCAAGUGUCUAUCGUGCCUUUACGUGAGGAGAUUAUUGAGCUUCUUGUAAGUUGGUUUCCUGCCGUCGAGGACCUCGAGGGCGAUGACGACUUCAUGGAUGGCAUGGCAUCGUACUUGGGGCCGAAGAUUGACGAGCUGUACUCCACCGCGCUAACCAAGGCUCUGUCUAGUAUUAUCCGUGGCGACGCUGCGUCGCUACGCGAGUUACGUAAGGUGUUCGAAGACCGAUUCGAUGAGCAGUUCACCAAGCUGCUCAUAUUGGAGAAGAGCUUUAACAAGCUUUCGAUGCACGUGGAUGCCAAGGAUGCUGCUGGCAUGGAGAAGCUUGCUCUCGUGGAGACACAUUUGCUUGAAUCAUCUGCUGUGGAACUUGCUGCACUGGUGACUAGCUUUAUGGCUGAGAGCAACAGUCUAGAACUAGAAGGCAUGCCUCUUUUAUCGACUCCCAAUGGUAAUGAAGAGGAAGGCAAAAAUGCAGCUACUCCGGUGACGUCGCUGAGCGAUGAGAACAAGAAGGUGCUUGAGUCCAGCCUUCCACAGUCCACUGCGAGUGCUCUGGUGCGGUUAUGGACGCUCGCCACGGCUGGCCGUCGGUCGUUAAGCGAUUUUACGGCCCACGUUCCAGUACUGGCUGAGGCUCUCAGCAUGCCACUUCGAAAAUUGGACCGGAAAAAGGAGCGCCAGUUUAUCUUCGGCUACCGACAAACAACUCUUGCGGAACUGGAUGAUAAGACAGCGCAACCGAUCGAGAGCAAGCAGCAGUAUGCUCUGGUAGCAACUUUGAUUCUGCAGCUUUUCUUCCAGCAACAAACAGGGCUUCCGGGCAGCUUCCCACGCGACACCGUGGCGUACACUGGAAUCGUGCUGAAGGCAUUCGAAGAUUCUGUGCCGGAGAAGGCGAUGUCUAUCAUGCAGGGACUCGUGAACGUCACGAACGCUAUUGUCGUCGACGAAGAUGAAGAGCAAAAGAGUACUUGGAGUGAGACUCUGGACGCUGCGCGCGCGUUGGUUCUGCUGAAAGACCUUAACUCCGUCGAAUGAGUCAACAAUUAACUAACUACGCGAGUGCCAUAUGCGUACAACUCGUGGCUGUUUGAAACCUGGAAUCGGAGUCUUCACGCACUGCUCGAUUCUCGGCAGCACGUUGAACAACACGUGAAGCUGUGCUGGCUAGACUGCUCAUGGCAGCGUACUGCGAUCGUGUGAGGUCACGGGCAUGCGGAUCGGCACAGCACACGGAGCCGAUGACCGUCUUGCCGUCCGACCCCAUCAACGGGAAGCCGCAGUAGAAGUUAAUGCCCAUCUUACGCACACUCGACAUGGCACUGAAGCGUACAUCGGCCUGGACGUGACGCGAUACAAGUGGAUGGGGGUCCAGAAUGGUCUGUGCGCAGAAGCCCUGCUCUCUCGGAUACGACAUACCACCAGGUACUGCCGGAUGAGUGGAAGCCAGCACAUGAAGCUGAGCCUUGUCAACGACAGUAAUCAUGCUCACAGCGCAGGCAAGCUCCUUCGAAGCCAGUGAGCAGAUGAUGCCAAGUUCAGGUACGUCGCCGAGUUCAUUCAGCUGCUGUCGGCGGAUGAGUUCUAGACGCUUAUACUCGUUAGAAGGGAUCGGUGGAAUGAUCGCUUCCAUCGGGUCUUGAGGAAACUCGAUCUGGUAGCUUCUCGAGUCGGCAUUAGCAAGCGGAUAGUCGUCUUCCCAGCGUGGCGACUCGCCCCACAUUCGUUUGAGACGCUCCACAUCAUCAAUUGGUUCGUCGUCGGUUUGUUCAGUUUCUCCAUCGUCAGUCUCUUCGUCACGUUCCCCGAGUAAAGGCAAUCCCCUUUUCGAGACUCCUGCUGACGCACUACGGAUCCUUGCAGUGCUUGAUCGUCUCCGAGCGCGCUCUUCGUCUACAAUAUCCUUCAUGACACUCAACACGCUGGCUUUACGUUUGCGUUGAGCUUCGCCACCUGCGGUUGCGUCUGCCAAGGUCUCAAGCAACAGAUCAUUUAAAGACGCCGGACGUGUCUUCAGUGUGGGUCGAGUGCGUCGAGAGCCAACGCCACGAAGACUGCCACCUGGAGUACUGUUCGCACGGCCAAUCGGAGACUGCGAGUCUGAAAUCACUCGCGCUGGACGCAGAUCUUCCUCGGUUACUGCGGUGUAUCGAGCUCGAUCCACACGAACGAGGCAGCGUUCACACACUCGAACCUGUUCGAUCUGUGGACGGGUAUCACCACGCGCUCGGUGUUCGCGCUCUUGGGCGUGUGCGCACUUCUCACAGACAAGGAAGCCGCACAGACAGCACAAGCGUUUUCUUGUGCGUUUGAAGAACUUGGAGAACGAGCGACGGCAACAAGCACAACGAGGGACAUUGGCGACGGUCUCGAGUGGAAGACGCGUGCUGUUGAUGAUGACCUGCAUUCCAAGUCGACGUCGUCGUACAACCAGAAGGAAUCGAUGACAACUCGCAGCAAGACGAAGCAUCCAGAGACGCGCUACACGUCGUUCGUGGCCUGCACGUUUGAACGCAUCGUGAGCAUCCGGUGGCAAAUAUUCGCCGUGGAAAACCACGCGAGUGGCUCGACCACUGGGAUCUUCUUCGAACGAGUAAUUGAUGACGACAUUCGGUACAUGCGGCGGAGAACGCGGCGGCGGUGUAAGUGCGUUAUCCAGGACGACACUGGAACGUGCGAUGGAUACAAGUGUUCGUGUGAAAGCCGGCGGAGGCGUGGCGCUAACCGCGCUGGCAGUGGACGAAGCUGUUCUUCGUGCCGACUGCUCUUCUUUUGCUCGGUUACGAGGAUGCAGCAACUCCAGAAAGCACCACGAUUCGUUCUUGGAGAACAUGCUUCCGCUUUCGAAAGUUGCAGUCUUGACGGAUAACUCUCUGUUCUCGAAUGCUCUCGCUGGGUUUCCAGCUCCUCGCUGUAUCUUGAUCGUACGCAAGAGCUCGCCCUCGACAAAUUCCCGACGGUAAAUACAGCGCAUCAUAUCACGAAACAUGUCAGUGGAAGCUACGCGAAACACAAGACGCAUUUCCUGCACGGUGCAAGGUAGAGAUCCCUCUGCUAGAACAGCGAACCCUUUGGGUCCCCAACGCGUUUGAUGUCGACGGUCACGAAUUGUGAGACGAGUGAAGAGCUUCAUAGCGUCGCUGUUCGUGUAGCCUCGCGGGAGCUUCUUUCGCUUCCAGACGCUUUCGUGCUUUUCACUAAGACUCGCUGCAGCCAGUUCCAUGUCGAGUUCGCCCCAGUUCACACUGGAAGCAGCCGCAGCAGCCACUUCGUGCAAUCGCUUAUCACUCAAUCGAGCCGACUCCAUCAUGGAUUCAACGGCCGGCGGUCGUCGACGCAGUGAGCUCGGGUGGUCUCCAUACCCGUCCCAAGACGGUUCCUCGCUGCGCUGGCUGUUGUAUUCAUACACGGCGCUACUCUCUCCGCUUUCGUAGCUGUAGCUGGCGUUCAACAUUGCAACAGAAGCUGAGCUGGCUCCGUUCACCGCCAUUGACGCUGACAAGUCCCCGCGCGACUGCUGUUUCCGCGGAGUCCCAUAGUUCCGGGUCGCCGGCAUCUCGUCGUACCCCGAUCGAUACUCGACGAACUUUCCAACUAAAAACGGUGAGUGCCCUCCUCGAAGCCUUCCGAGUCCGGAGAUGAUGGCAUCAAAGUGCCUCAAACCUUGCAAGAGCGGGCUCAGGAUUUGUCCUCCACGCUCCGAAUAUAACGCGAUGACAUGGAAGCGACUGCAGCAAGGGGUGCAACAACUGGGCGUUGCUUCGAAUGCCUUGAGUCAGAUGGUUUGCAUGGAUAAUCUCGUGGGAUGGGGAUCAUUGUGACCCACAUUGAUUUUCACUGCACCUUGCUCGACUUGGAGCUUUUUGAGCUGAUCUCCGAUCUGGUCGUCCGUACAUGCCGGGAAUGCGAACAUUGAAUGGAGAGCUUAAUGUUGACAAAUGGGUGCACUCUGGAAUGGUUCCGACGGUCAAGAACACAUACUUUCCGUUUAUCAAGGUAAAGGAUACCGUGUCCAAGUUCGAGCGCUUACCGUGCCCACAACGAAAUUAUGGCCACUGACAUGUGAGUCGGGACAAAGCAAUUGUCAGGGGGUUGCAGCUGUUGCAGUCGAAAUGUUGUCGCUGCUUCGCUUUCAAAGUUUUGCUCGCACGUGGCCUGAAUUUGAGGUGAAUAGUGCAGGAAUACGAUGCGACUAACGAAUGAAAGAUGCCAUUGUUGUCUUGGACGCUGCAGUCGGAAGACAUCGGAACACAACGACGGCAUCGUGGUCGAAUAGCGUUUCGACCAGAUUGAACACUACGGCACAGCAGCGUUCGACCAACACAGAUGCUGCCAAGUGCCUGUACACAGAACGCGCGACUCGACGCGAAAGGUUUUGUUUAGGCAUCUUGCCAGAACUCCUCAGCAGAGAUCUACAUGGUAUAUGCGAUACAUGUUAAACUAUACAUAGAAAUGUAUGUGUAUUUUGCUACGUGAGGAUAGCACGUAGCAGUGUAUUCUCAGAAUACUAUUCUGGGAAUUACUGUAGUACAUGCACCUAUUUGAUAAAAAUGAAG